GGCCCUCCCCUCUACCCACCCCGGCGGAAGUCCGGGCCGCCGUCCCUCGUGGCUGAUCGCAGGCAUGGCGCACUACAACUUCAAAAAGAUCACGGUGGUGCCGUCCGCCAAGGACUUUAUUGAUUUAACAUUGUCGAAGACUCAACGAAAGACUCCGACAGUUAUCCAUAAACAUUAUCAAAUCCAUCGCAUUAGACACUUUUAUAUGAGGAAAGUCAAAUUUACUCAGCAGAAUUACCAUGACAGACUCUCACAGAUUCUGACGGAUUUCCCCAAAUUGGAUGAUAUUCAUCCAUUUUAUGCUGAUUUGAUGAACAUUCUGUAUGACAAGGACCAUUACAAGUUGGCUCUAGGACAAAUAAAUAUCGCCAAAAAUUUAGUGGACAAUGUUGCUAAAGAUUACGUGCGGCUUAUGAAAUAUGGUGAUUCUCUCUACCGCUGCAAGCAGCUGAAACGUGCGGCCCUUGGGCGCAUGUGUACUAUUAUCAGAAGACAGAAGCAGAGUUUGGAAUAUUUGGAACAAGUGCGUCAGCAUCUGUCCCGUCUGCCGACCAUUGACCCGAAUACAAGGACCCUGCUUCUGUGUGGGUACCCGAAUGUCGGCAAGUCCAGCUUCAUCAAUAAGGUGACGAGAGCAGAUGUGGACGUCCAGCCCUAUGCCUUUACCACCAAGUCUCUGUUUGUUGGGCACAUGGAUUACAAGUAUCUGCGCUGGCAGGUGGUGGAUACUCCGGGGAUCCUGGACCACCCUCUGGAGGAUCGCAACACCAUUGAGAUGCAAGCCAUCACUGCACUGGCUCACCUGCGAGCCGCGGUUCUCUACGUGAUGGAUUUGUCUGAGCAGUGUGGGCACGGACUCGGGGAGCAGCUGGAGCUCUUCCAGAACAUCAGGCCACUCUUUGUCAACAAGCCUCUUAUCAUUGUAGCAAACAAAUGUGACGUGAAGAGAAUAGCUGAACUUGCUGAGGACGAUCAGAAAAUAUUUCUAGAUCUGCAGGCUGAAGGGUUUUCUGUGGUGGAGACCAGCACCCUGACGGAGGAAGGGGUUAUUAAAGUGAAGACAGAGGCUUGUGACAGGCUUUUGGCUCAUCGAGUUGAAACCAAAAUGAAAGGAAAUAAAGUGAACGAGGUGCUGAACAGACUGCAUUUGGCCGUUCCCAGCAGAAGAGAUGACAAGGAGCGGCCCCCAUUCAUCCCUGAAGGAGUCGUGGCACGCAGAAAGAGAAUGGAGCUUGGGGAGCCGAAGAGGAGGCGGGAACGGGACAUUGAGCUGGAAAUGGGAGAUGAUUAUAUUCUGGAUCUUCAAAAGUACUGGGAUAUAAUGAAUUCAUCUGAGAAACAUGAUAAGAUACCUGAGAUCUGGGAAGGCCAUAACAUAGCCGACUAUAUUGAUCCUGACAUCAUGCAGAAAUUGGAAGAGUUGGAAAAAGAAGAAGAGCUAAGAACAGCUGCUGGAGUGUAUGACAGUGAAUCUGAAACUGAAGAUGAAGAAAUGGCGGAAAUCCAACAGCUGGCAAAACAGAUUAGGGAAAAAAAGAAGUUGAAGAUUCUGCAGUCCAGAGAGAAGGACACACAGGGACCCAGGAUGCCUCGGACAGCCAAGAAGGUUCAGCGGAAGGUUUUGGAGGAUGAGAUGCGCAGUCUUGGUGUCGACAUGGACAACAAAGACAACGCCCAUUAUGUGGUCCAGGCCAGAAGGGCUCGGAGCGUCACACGGAAAAGGAAGCGGGAAGACUCUGUCCCACCCACGUCAGUGGCCCGGAUUCGCAGUUGCUCCCAGACCCCACGUGAUGUCUCUGGUCUCCGGGAUGUCAAGAUGGUGAAGAAAGCCAAGACCAUGAUGAAGAAUGCUCAGAAGAAGAUGAAUCGCUUGGGGAGGAAAGGGGAGGCAGACAGACAUGUGUUUGACAUGAAACCCAAGCACCUGCUCUCGGGAAAGAGGAAAGCUGGUAAAAAGGACAGGAGAUAGUGUCUAUCGCAGCUGAAGCGCCUUGGCUCGACUUCUUCCUGGUUUGGUUUCACAGAAUUGGAGUCGGACUUCUUCCUGGUUUGGUUUCACAGAAUUGGAGUCGGACUUCUUCCUGGUUUGGUUUCACAGAAUUGGAGUCGUGAUCUGUAAACUGAACGUGACAAUGGAAUAACUCAAGCACUUGUUGUUUGGCUGAAAGCUGUGGUUACCCAAUAACUGUCCAGGUGUGGGGGAUUUUUAUCGCUGCAUAAUAUUACAGAUAUUUUGAGCAGGCAGUGGUUUCUCAUUUAUGGAGUUUUGGUUGCUUCAGACUUGCAGGGCUGGAAGGAUAUAUUUAUGUGACUACAUUGUUUUUGAUGGAGAAAAAUCUUACUCUCUUGUGCAACAGGGAACUUUGGUUUCACUGCAUGUGAAGAGUCUUUAGCUGGUGAAAGGAUGCCAGGACUAAGUUAUCUUCUAGUCCUUUUGUACGAGGUACUGUCUUCAACUAUUUUAUCCAAAAUAAACUUCAAAAGAAAGCAGUUUUAUUUAGUUGGUUUAGUUUUCGUUUUUUUUUAGUUACAAAUCACCGUCAGUUUGGGCAGAUGAAAAGGGAAGAGAAAGUAAAUGGCAAUUCUUUUUUGUUUUCAAAGCGCAAAAUACUUUUUAGUGGAACAGAAUGUUGCCUAAGUUACUACAGCAGUUAAAUGUGGGCACCUGCUGCUGUGUCCACUGCUGAAAAUUAAAUUGUGAGGUACAGGCCCAGUAAAAUGUAGGAAAUUAACAUUUUAGAAUAUUAAGUGCUUAAAACGUCACUUCUCGACCACAAAACUGCCGUGGCCACCGCUUUAUGUGUGGUUUCAAGCAUCCCCUCUGGUGACUCGUGGCAUGUGUGGGAGUUUUCCAGUGUCAUGCAGUGUGAUUCAAGGUGUGUUUGAAAGUUGCAUUACAUUUUGGGGAUCCAAAGUAAAAUUUUCAUUUGUUUACGCUGAGAAAGAUUAUGUAAAGAGAAACCCAUUGAGUGUCAGGUGAGAGGGAGUAGGAAGAACCAGAGUCCCUCUCCUCCCAGGUUACAGUGGCUCUGGCAGAAUCUCUGCUGUAACUAUUGAAUAUUUGGGACUCCAGAGUCUUUAAAGGCUCACCUCUUCCAGGGAAAGGCUCCACGGUAAACCAGUUUGUCAGUUUUAGCCCCUGUGGCUUAGCAACUGCCUGACCUCUCACCCAAACCCUGUGGCAGUCACUGUACCUGUGUUUCUGGAGGUGCUUGUGGGAUUCAGAUUGGGCCCUAAGGGCCUUGUUCUCCAAAUAUUAGGAUUUUGUUUUGAUUGACAAUUGCUGCUUCUGAUGGCAGAGGUGUAGACAGAGAUGGAUCCCCAUCAGCUGAAUUUGAAGGGUCAGUGCCUGUUUCUUUUUCCCUUGCGUUUUUCAUUUUUUACCCCUUUGGAGAGCUACAGAUGUGAGGAUUAGGACUUAAGAAAGCACUGCUGGCUCAGGGGAAUUUAGAAAGUCAGCAUGUCUGUGUCCAGGGAAAGACACACAAGUCAGAAAGGAAGUGAGAGACAUGAAGACCUCGGGUGGUACAGAUAGCCAACAACUAAAAAUUCACAUACAAAGAAAUAGGAAAAGUGUGGUCCGUUAAAGGAAAAAACUGAGAAACUGUCCCUCAGGAAGACAUGACAGACUUACUAGACACUGCCUUAAAGAUGCUCAAGGAGCUAAAGGAAGACGUGGACAAAGUCAGAAAAAACAAUGAACAAACCAGGAAUACCAAUAAAGAGAAUAAAGUUUUAUAGAUGGCUCCCUCUGCUCUGUACCUGUUGUCAAUGGUUUGUCCAGCAUCUAACAGCCUAAGACGCCACGGCCCAUGUGGCAACCACUAGCCACUGUAGCUACCCAGUAACUGGUUACAUGUGUCUUUUAGCCUAAAAGUUCCUACUAAAGAACUAGAAACAAUAUAAAAAUGCAUUUUGAAACUCUAUGUCAUUUAUCACUUAAGCUACCAUAGGCAGGUUGACCUAUUACUGUAUUGAAGUUUUAACAAAGUAGACAACAGUAUCAAAAUGUGGUAAUUUAGUUUUGUUUUUAUUUUUCAAUAAAAUUACUAUUAGCUACA